UCACUGUCACUGCUGUUUGUUUUUAUUGAUAAAAUUUCAUAAUUCAGGAUUAGUAUUACAAUCUUUAAUAUAUGCUUUAUCGAGAUCUAACCCAUCAUUUUGUGAUUGAUUUUUAUCAAUGAUAUUAUAAUAAGUGAAAAUCAUAAAUCCCAUUGACUACCUAAUUUCAAAGAAAACUUCUAUAUAAAUAAUUGUUUGAAAUGGAUGUUUGCGAAGCUACUGACGCAUCAUACUGUAUUUUAGAAGAAGCUUCCCAAGAUAACUUGGAAAUCUGUGAAAGCACCAGUGAUGUAAAUACUAGAAAUACAGAAGGCAAACUGAGUGAUGGUACAGAAAAACCUUGUGCAGUAUGGACAUUGAAUGCUACAACUACUCUUUUAAAAUUGUAUGAAAAUAAAUUAGAAAUGUUAGAAACACCAAAGAAGAAAACCAGGAUCUGGAUCGCUAUAUCACAAAGUUUAAGUGAAUAUGGAAUUGAGAUGACUCCAGAUCAAGUCAGAUGGAAAAUAAAUGCCCUCACCAAGAAAUACAAACAAUGUGUUGACAGCGGACAGCAUGAUAAAUUCAAAUACUUUAAAAUCAUGAACGACAUUUAUUCACAGUACCAUGUUGACUGUGAUUCCUAUGCAUUAACAGAACUUUUACAUAAAAAGAAAGAUAAUAGAAGUGGAAAUGAUCAGAAUUCUAAAAUGAAUCAAGAAAGCAAAGCUGUUAUUGAGAUGCGGAAAAUAAGGUUGGCCAACAGAAUAGAAAGUGAUAGAUUCCAAGGAAAAAUUCAACUGGAAAAGCAGUGGUUAGAAUACUUGCAGAGACAAGAGGAACAAAAGCAAUGGCGAGAUGAAAUCUAUGACAGAAAUUUAAAAUUGCGAGAAGAAGAACUAGAGCUACGGAGAAGAGAGUUAGAAAUAAAAGAGACAUUAGAAUUGAAAAAGAUAGAAUUAAAAGAAAAAGAAUACAGAGAAACACUGCAGAUAGAAAGAGAAAAAUGUGAAUUGUUGAAGGAAAUGUUUAGUAAAAGAUAUUAGAAUUAAAUUCAUUUACUAAA